AUGGCUGUACCGGCUGGGCGCGCCCUGUUCAAGAAGAAGGACGGCAUCCUCACUCUGACGAGCGACCUUCAGACAGUCACCUGGACUCCCAACUCGGGCGGCCCUCCUACCAUCUCCCUCCCCGUCGCCGACAUCACCAAUCUUCAGCAGACACCCGAUUCCUCGCCAAAGGUGAUGCUCAAGAUCUUUGAAAAGGCCAAGGACGGAGCAGACCCUGUCACCUAUCUCUUCCACUUCAACACCUCCGAGGCUCGUGCCGAAGCAAAGGCCGUCAAGGAUCUUCUCUCUCGCUUAUUGGCUGAUCUUCGGGGCAGCGAUGCCUCCAUCCCCAAGCCCUCGACCGGGACGCCGCUGGCCGCUGGAGCCUCAACCCCACCAUCUUCGGCGCGAUGGUUCGAUGAUAACCAACUCAAGAUGGACAUCGAACUGCAGCAGUCUCUCAUGAAAAAGGACAAGAGCCUGCACCAGACCUACAUGGAGGCCAUUGCCGUUAAGCCCGAAUCCAUAUCGAGCGCAACCUUCAACUCUCAGUUUUGGUCGACGCGAACCAAUUAUCUGCGCGCACAUGCAAUCGAGACUAAUCAAAAGAAGGGCGCCUACAACGUUCUGUCAACGGUCAAGCCGCGUACCGUGGACGGUGAGCUGAAGCUCAACAUAAGCGUUGAGCAGGUCCAGAUGUUACUAUCCCAGCACCCCCUGGUGAAGCGAAUCUAUAAUGAAAACGUACCAAAGCUCUCUGAGGCCGACUUUUGGUCCCGUUUCUUCCUCAGCCGUCUCUCCAGGAAACUCAGAGGUGAGCGCGUGUCAGACAGCGAGCGCCCUGACCCGCUCUUCGACAAGUAUGACGUGAAUGAAAACACGCAGGGCGCCCAGAGCAGGAUCAUGGCGCAGAGUGUUCCGCACAUUAUUGACUUGGAGGCCAACGAGGAGAACCAAGGCGGCUUCAAGGGCGGCAAUGCCAAGGAUGUAGAGAUGCGGCCUCGAACCCGCUUCCCCAUUGUCAGGACGCUCAACAGCCUGAGCGAGAAGAUCAUGGCCAACGUUGCGCCUUCUGACGGGAACGUCGAUGACGGACAAGGCCCCUACAAUGCGUACAACGAGCUGCUGCUUCGUGACCUUCAAGGGGACGCCCAAGAACACCGCAUCAUGCUCAAUGUCAAGGAGCAGAGUAAGUUCUUCUCCAAGCAGGACACUGCGCCGUCGGCGAACGCGCGCAUCUUUGCCAAGCAGAACCCGGCCGAUGUCUUGUCCAAGAUGAGAAGUACGCUCAGAAGUCUAAAGACCAACGGCGCCGACUCGACGACCCUGCAAGCAGCAAUCGACUUUGACGACGAGAGCGACAGCGACGAGGAGCAGCAAAAGAGCUCCCACGUCGGCUCCCGAGCAGCCAUCAAGGCCGCCGAAAAGGAAGUCAUGAGUGGCGUCCUCCAGCAGCGGUCUCAAAAGUACGGACACAGCAGCGACGCGUCAUCGCCCAUGGGCCUACCCCCGCACAUGGUGGAAAAGUGCUCGCUGACGCACGCGACGAGCGUCGAGUUCCUCCACCAGUUUUGGAGCGCCUUCUUCUCGGGCGACGCCGACCGCGCCCCGGAGCUGCAGUACCUGGCCGAGUCGCUCAGGCGCUCGGGCUCGCGCAUCGCCGCCGUGGCCGACGAGGCCGAGGCAGAGCGCGAGGCCACCAUCCGCAAGCGCAAGCAGGAGAUUCGCGACCACUUUGAGCGCACGGGCAAGAAGAUUCGGUGGAAGUCGGACAUGGUGGGCGGCGGGCGCGACGCCGUCGUCAAGAUGAUGCAGCCGAUACUAGAUGCGCUGGACAAGGCGCAGGGGGACUAUGCGAGGGCCCUGGCGGCCGAGGGCAUCCAGGUCUCGACGGAGUAA